AUGACAAUUGAUAAAGACGCUAAAUAUGAUAGACAAUUAAGAUUAUGGGCAUCUACUGGUCAAUCAAAUUUGGAAUCGUCUCAUAUAUGUUUAAUUAAUGCUUCAUCUACAGGUUGUGAAAUUUUAAAGAAUUUAAUAUUGCCUGGUAUUGGAUCAUUUACAAUAAUUGACGAUAAAAAAGUAUCAAAUUUAGAUUUAUCAAGUAAUUUCUUUAUUAAAAAUAAUGAAAUUAAUCGAAAUUUAGCAACUGUAACUACUAAAAAUCUUAAUGAAUUAAACACCGAAGUCAAAGGUUUUGCCAUAGAAAAAUCAAUUCAAGAUCUAUUAAUUGAAGAAAAUGAUGAAAUCUUUUGGCAACAAUUUAGUGUUGUUAUUAUAAGUGAUUAUACUCCUAAGCUUAAUCAACUAAUUGAUAUAUUAUGGUCAAAACAAAUUCCAUUAAUGAUUGUAAAUACCGUGGGAUUUUAUUCAAGUUUUAAUUUAUUAACUAGUGAAACGACGGUUAUUGAGACUCAUGAUCCUUCAAAAUUAUAUGAUUUAAGAAUUGAUUUACCAUGGGAAGAAUUACAACAAUUUGCGGAUUCAUUUGAUUUAGAUAAUUUAGAUGAUCAAGAGCAUGCUCAUGUUCCAUGUAUAAUUAUCUUUAUAAAAGCAUUGCAAUCGUGGAUAAAAACUCAUGAAGGUCAACCUCCAUGGGUUUCAUAUACUGAAAAGAAGAAUUUUAAAAAAUAUGUUGAAUUAUUAUCAAGAAAUAUAGUCUUGGAAAAUAAUUUCGCUGAAGCUGUUUCUUCAAGUCAUCGUGCUUUUCAAAUUACUGAUUUACCAGAUAGUGUUAAACAAUUAUUAAAAAUAUCAAAAGAAAAUCCUGUAACUAAAAACUCAUCAAUUUUUUGGAUUUAUAUUGCUGCAUUAUCAAAAUUUUUACAAUUGAAUAAUGAUGUUUUACCAUUACCUGGCACAAUACCCGAUUUAGCAUCAGAUACAAAGAAUUAUAUUGAUUUACAAAACAUAUACAAGGAAAAAGCAAAGAAGGAUCAAAAAUUAUUCACUGAACAAGUCGAAUCAGUAUUGGAAUCAAUUGGAAGAUCAAAAGAUGAAAUUAAUAAUGAUUCAAUAGCCUCAUUUUGUAAAAAUUCAAGGUUAUUAUUUGUCACUAUUGGUUCUAAAAAAUUUAUUAGCUCUCAUUUUAUUGAACAGUUUAAUCAUGAAAAAGAUCAAUCCAAAAUUAAAAAAUAUCUAAUAUAUUUUGGUAUUUUAACUUUUAAUAUUUUUAUAAAUGAACAUAAUAGAUUGCCUGAACUAUCAGAUUUAAAAGAAUUUAUUCAAUUAUAUAAUGAAAAAAUUGAUUCAACAACAUUAGCUGGUUCUGAUGUUAAAGUUUUUGAAGAAUUAUUAAGUCAUAAUACGAGAAAUUAUACAAAUUUAAAUAGUCUAAUGGGUGGUGUUGUAAGUCAAGAAGUUUUAAAAUUAUGUACUGGUCAAUACGUACCAAUUGAUAAUUUAUUUGUAUUUGAUGGUAUUGAAUCAAGUAGUGAAAAAUUCAAAAUUGAAUAUUAA